AAAGAAACGAAGGCGGCUUUCGGCGCUCGUCUGUGUUUAUACGUGAUUUACCAACUAUUUGCAGUUCAAAAUACAAAAACAAGAUGCCCAUUGUAGUAAAAACACAAAACGCUGGCAAAGGCGAUUGGGCCAUUAUAGAGCUCCAAGGCGACUUGGAGGUGCGGAGCAACCAGGAUAUGCACGACCAGUUUAUUGGCGAUCUCUACUACAAUAAAUAUGGCCAACCUAUUCUCAUCAUUGGCCAUCACAUUCUUCAGGGACGUGAACAAAAGUUGGAUAAACCAUUUGCGGUGCUGGAAAAAUCCAAGACCAAUGAGGGAGAACGACUCCUGGAAACGAGCAUGGCCUCUCAGGAUGUCAGUAUGCUGAAUGCCACCACGGGAGCGGAGCGCACAGUGCUGGAUCAUACGAUUGCCCAGGAGCACAAGAGUCGCCAGAGAACGGAGUACACUGUGCGUGCCGUUUGCACCAAAAAAUUGAUCUUCAAAUCGCGACCCAAACCAAUUAUAGCCAAUGUAGCUAAAUCCGUUUAGGUGUGUUUUCGAAAAUAUAGUUUUAUUCAAUUAGUAUGAUA